GGGAAGAGGUACAAGUUGUAGGGAGUAUUUCGCGCCAUUAGGACACGCUGUCAUUAUUCACUGCAACAUCAUGCCGCGGUGUUUACACUGCAAGCAGACAGAAAGUGGGAACACCAAUUGUCAACCUUUGGAGAAACUGCUACCUGAGGGCUAUGAACAUUUAGUCUGCACGUAUCAAAACAUUGCUGAAGGACAAUUUAGGGCCCAAAUUAAAUUAAGAAUUACUACCGAAGACGAGGUACACAAAUGGCUGGAAGAUUUCCAAUCAUCCUCCCUGCUGACAUGGAGGAAGUCUAAAACAUAUCCACAGCACUUACACACAGGAGGUCAGAACGCCUACAGGGUGGAUUUGAGAUGUCAUCACAAAUGUGGUUCAAAUUCGAAAGCUGUUCCAAAAAAGACCAAAAACACAUCAUGUUGUGCCACGAUGUACUUGGUCCUGAAACGGGAAAUGCAUAGUAAAAACAGAUUGUCGAGGUCUCAGGAUCCUCACAUCAAGGAUGGCUACCUAUUUAAUAUCAAUCUCAGACAUGAGCACAAUCACCGACUGUUUUGCUCUGCUUCUAUGAAGAGGCGAGACGUCUCAUCGGAGACCAUCGACAAACUUAAACUGCUCUUUGAGAGUGGCCAUUCCCCUUCCGCAGCACUGGAAACGAUCAAGCAUGACCUACAGGAUCAGGAAGGCAACGAUUCUCAGGGGGAGAGCAUAGAUGAGGCCCCUUCAACUGGCAGCUCUAAAACCUCAGGCACAUCAUCUGGAGAAGGCCUGAAGGCAGGUUUGCAGCAGUUCUACAGAACAAUGACAAAAAAACUGGAACAUGACCCUGAAAACUUCACAGCUCCAAUUCGUGCCUUUCUGGAAAUCAGCAGCAAAAUGAAUGAUAGCGCCAUCAUAUCCGCUCUGCAUUGUUUUGGUAAGGUGCCACAGGUCAAAUCUGUCAUGAUAUCGGCAGUCUUCAAAAAUGAUAGGCGUACAACCAACUGCCAUUGCCAGAAGAAAGGCAGCAGUCGAUGGGAGACGAGCUUUGAUUCCUGGGCGACCCCCCAAAUCCUCAAGAGAGGAGCAUCAGGAUACAAAGGAGAAUCGGAAGAAAAGUGCACCUCAUUCCCUGGCCAAAUGUGUAGAUGACAACACAUGUCUUGGUGGUCAUCACUAAUGUUACUGGCUUCCAUUUUCUUGAGCUUUUGUAUUUGUUCAGAAAGUUCAUAAAGUUGCCUAAUAGCACAUGAUUACCUGAAAGAAGAGGUGCUCCUAACUUUUGAAGCAGCUCAGGUCCUGUUUGGAGGCCCUGUUUUAAAAACAAACGCUCAAAAUCAUUUGAUAAUAAACAUCUUGUAUUGUGAAAACUGCAUUCUGGCGAUAAUUGUGGUGGUGGUGGUAGUGAUGAUGAUGAUGAUAAUAAUGAAAUGAGAUCUACACUAUUUAAACUAGCUACACAUGCAGUGUGUAUAUUAUGUGGUGUGGUUGUAGUCUAUAUUCCAUUAUCCUCAAAGACAUUACUCAUGCACUGUGCAUAAGUAUGGCCAAUUAAUUUACAUGAUUGCAUGAUUACAUGUAUGUGGCCUAUGAGAUCUAGGAAAAUAUAAAAAAUAUUUGUAUUGGACAUUCAUGAAACGGUUAAAAGGACAUUUCAGAGUGUUAUAAGGAAACAGUACAAUGAUUAAGCAGAAUUUGUUAUGGGCUGAUACAUUCAUGAUAUGAAAGACAACAAAGUGCAUUAUUAGGUUUUGGGCUGUGAGUGAUUCUAGCCUAUUAUCCAGCGAUUUUUGUUCUUAAAGUAAUUGCAGUAGCAGCUGUGUACCUUUCAUGACAGAAACGCAUCUAAGUGUAUUUUGGGGUUUACAGUGAUUAUAAUCAUUCUAACUGCAAUGAUGCAUUUUGAUGUGUUUGCUGUCAUGAAAGGUGCUAUUGUACUGCUGCUACUACUAUUACUACUAAUAAUAAUCAUAAUAAAAUUUGCCAGAAAAUAUAUAUUUUUUCUCUACUGUUACUCUAGCUACUAUUACUAUAAAAUAAGGCAAAAAUAAAUAUAUGACGAAUUUAUUGAUUAUUAUUAGUAGUAGUAGUAGUAGUAAUAGUAGUAGCAGCAGUGGUAGUAUAGCACCUUGCGUGACAGCAAACACAACUCAAAGUGCGGCAGCAUUAAUGCGUUUAGGGCUGUGAUAAUCAUAUUAUCCAUUGGUUUGUAAUAGCGCGGAUAAUCAAUAUGAUUUUCUUUCAGCCACCGAAGGAGGCGCACUCGAGGUAAAAGCGAGGUACUUUGCAGGGACCAAUCAAAUGGCUCGGGGGCGCGGUUUUCCCCUGAUCGUCCUAGGAAAAGAAAACUCGCGUGCGGUGAGCUGGAGAUGAUCAACGACCG